GGUGCACAAAAAACCCAUAAAUUAGUGGUACCAAAGCAAGCUAGCAGAUUUUAACCCUUCAGGCUUUAGCUUCCAUUUCCUAUAAUUAUAAUCUUCUUCCCUUCCAUCUUCUCCAAUCUCUGGGAACACUCUGCCAAUGGAGAGAGCAGCACUGCUUCGCUCUCUGAGGUCCUCUUCCCUCGCCUGCAACACCUUCCUCUCCCGCUCAGCUCACAAGCUCUCUCGCUCCUCCUCCCCCUCUCUAUUUCCUUCGCGCCGGCCCCGCCGCCUCCUCCCUGGCUCCGCCCGCCGCUCUUCUCUCCGCCACCACUGGCGGCUCCUCCCAGCCUCCCCGCCUCCUCCGCAUCUCAACCGGAUGUUCUCUUCUCUGUCUCCGCGUGCUAUCGCCACCCCUCCCUCUCAGACCUCCCCUGAUGCUGCUGGGAGUCAGGACGAGGUGGCCGAAAGGUAUGGAUUUGAGAAGGUUUCGGAACAGUUCAUUGAAGAGUGUAAAUCGAAAGCUGUGCUUUUUAAGCAUAAAAGGACUGGUGCAGAAGUUAUGUCGGUAUCAAAUGAUGAUGAGAAUAAGGUUUUUGGUAUUGUUCUUCGAACUCCUCCAAAAGAUUCAACUGGGAUCCCUCACAUAUUGGAACACAGUGUAUUGUGUGGAUCAAGAAAGUAUCCAUUGAAAGAACCAUUUGUUGAAUUAUUGAAAGGGAGUUUACACACUUUUCUGAAUGCAUUCACAUAUCCUGAUAGGACUUGCUAUCCAGUGGCUUCCACAAAUACAAAAGAUUUCUAUAAUUUAGUUGAUGUAUACCUGGAUGCUGUCUUCUUCCCUAAAUGUGUCAAGGACUUCCAGACUUUUCAGCAGGAGGGUUGGCAUUAUGAACUUAAUGAUCCUUCAGAACACAUAUCAUAUAAAGGAGUUGUUUUCAAUGAGAUGAAAGGUGUAUACUCCCAGCCUGAUAGCAUAUUAGGUCGAACUGCUCAGCAGGCCCUUUUUCCAGACAAUACAUAUGGCGUCGACAGUGGAGGUGACCCUAAAGUUAUCCCAAAACUAACAUUUGAAGAAUUCAAGGAAUUUCAUCAAAGAUAUUACCAUCCCGGCAAUGCCAGGAUAUGGUUUUAUGGAGAUGAUGAUCCAAAUGAGCGCUUGCGCAUCCUAAGCGAAUAUCUAGAUAUCUUUGAUGCAAGUUCAGCUUCCAAUGAUUCGAGAGUGGAACCACAAAAAUUAUUUUCAGAGCCAGUCAAGAUUGUUGAGAAAUAUCCUGCCGGAGAUGGUGGUGAUUUAAAAAAGAAACACAUGGUGUGCAUUAACUGGUUGCUAUCUGAUAAGCCCCUGGAUUUGGAAACUGAGCUGACUCUGGGAUUUCUUGAUCAUCUCAUGUUGGGAACUCCGGCAUCUCCACUGAGGAGAAUCUUACUGGAAAGUGGUUUAGGAGAUGCCAUUGUUGGUGGCGGGGUCGAAGAUGAGCUCCUUCAGCCCCAGUUUAGUAUUGGGUUGAAGGGUGUUUCUGAAGAUGAUAUUCCAACGGUGGAAGAAUUGGUCAUGAAUACUCUUAAAAAUUUAGCAGAGGAAGGUUUUGAUUCAGAUGCUGUGGAGGCAUCAAUGAAUACAAUUGAAUUCUCUCUCCGAGAAAACAACACUGGGUCCUUUCCUCGUGGUUUAUCCCUAAUGCUCCGCUCCAUUGGGAAAUGGAUAUAUAAUAUGGAUCCCUUUGAGCCAUUAAAAUAUGAUAAACCUCUGAAGAUGCUUAAAGCCAGAAUAGCUGAGGAAGGCUCUAAAGCUGUUUUCUCUCCUUUGAUAGAGAAAUUCAUCUUGGACAACCCUCACCGUGUGACUAUUGAGAUGCAGCCUGAUACAGAGAAGGCUUCUAAUGAUGAAGCAGCUGAAAAGGAAAUUUUGGAAAAAGUAAAGGCAAGUAUGACAGAAGAAGAUCUAGCUGAGCUUGCUCGUGCUACACAGGAGCUAAGACUGAAGCAGGAGACUCCUGACCCGCCAGAAGCUCUGAGAAGUGUACCAUGUCUUUCUCUGAAUGACAUUCCUAAAAAACCCAUACAUGUUCCUAUAGAGGUUGGGGAUGUCAAUGGAGUAAAAGUUUUGCAGCAUGAACUCUUCACAAAUGAUGUUCUUUACAGUGAAGUUGUCUUUGAUAUGAGUUCACUGAAGCAUGAGCUUCUUCCUUUGGUACCACUUUUUUGUCAGUCAUUGCUUGAGAUGGGCACGAAAGACAUGGAUUUUGUCCAUCUUAGUCAGUUAAUUGGAAGAAAAACUGGAGGAAUAUCUGUUUAUCCCUUCACAUCAUCUAUGCGUGGCAAGGAGGAACCGUGUUGCCGUAUAAUUGUUCGAGGCAAAGCCAUGGCUGAGCGGGCUGAAGACUUGUUUAACCUGGUUAACUGUGUUCUUCAAGAUGUCCAAUUUACCGAUAAACAUCGUUUUAAGCAGUUUGUUUCCCAAAGCAAAGCUAGAAUGGAGAAUCGAUUGAGAGGUAGUGGGCAUGGAAUUGCAGCUGCAAGGAUGGAUGCAAAGUUAAAUCUUUCAGGGUGGAUUUCUGAGCAAAUGGGUGGUGUCAGCUAUCUUGAAUUUCUGCAAGCCCUUGAAGAAAAAGUUGAUCAGGAUUGGGACAUAAUCUCUUCAUCUCUUGGGGAGAUUCGCAAAUCUUUGCUUUCAAGGAAAGGAUGUUUAAUAAAUAUGACUGCUGAUAGGAAAAAUCUUAUGAAUUCUGAGAAAUAUGUUAGCAAAUUUCUUGAUUUGCUUCCUAGAGACUCUUCUGUUGAAACAAGUGCCUGGAAUACUCAACUUGCUCCGGCAAAUGAAGCAAUUAUAAUACCAACUCAGGUGAACUAUGUUGGGAAAGCUGCUAACAUUUAUGACACUGGUUAUAAAUUCAAUGGAAGUGCAUAUGUUAUUUCUAAAUACAUUAGCAAUACAUGGUUGUGGGAUCGUGUGCGUGUGAGUGGUGGAGCAUACGGAGGUUUUUGCGAUUUUGACACUCACUCAGGAGUAUUCUCCUUCUUAUCUUAUCGGGACCCAAACUUGUUGAAGACACUUGAUGUGUAUGAUGGUACUGGGAAUUUUCUUCGUGAGUUAGAAAUGGAUAAUGAUGCUCUUACAAAAGCAAUAAUUGGGACUAUUGGUGAUGUCGAUGCAUACCAGCUACCGGAUGCGAAGGGUUAUAGUAGUUUGCUGCGACAUUUAUUGGGAAUCACUGAAGAAGAAAGGCAAAGGAGACGUGAAGAGAUAUUGUCGACCAGUUUGAAUGACUUCAAAGAAUUUGGGGAUGCAAUUGAUGCUGUCAAAGAUAAAGGAGUUGUGGUUGCGGUGGCAUCUCCAGAUGAUGUCGAUGCUGCAAACAAGGAGCGUCCUAGCUUCUUUCAAGUGAAGAAAGCCCUCUAAGACCUAUUUUUCCAUACAUACGAAAUUCCAGAAGUCUGCACCAUUUCUAAUUUAUUCAUUAAUAAAUAGGAAAUAUCAUACGGCAUUACAGGACAGCUUAGCAGCAUAAAAUCUGUACUAUAAUGGGGCUGCCAAAGGUGGAUCUGCAUGUGUCCACAAACAGGAAAUAGUUGCCCUCCAAUUUUUCUUGACCCCUUCUUCAACGUGGGGUUUCAUCUUCCAUUGUAAGUGUCAGAUGAAAACAAUAAUUGAGAAAAAAAGUUAUUGAUUCAUAA